AACAUGAAGGACCCAUAAUCUCCCUCCUUCUUCAUCCUGCCCCCUCCCGCUGGAUCUUCGCGACCGCUUCUGUUGCUCGCUUUUACGUUUUCUUUCUCUUGCUCUCCGUUUUAGGCAAUCGACGAGAGAUUCUCCCUCCCGCGGGACUCUUUAAUACCCACGAGCCUCGGUCGUAAAUCCCCUUGUUUUGUCAGCCGCCUGGUGCAGGCAUUGUGCAAAGCCCCCUCCGAUCUCUCGUCGUUCGCGGCGGCAAUUAAGGCGCAAGCACGGGCUACGUCCAAUUCGAUUCAAUCACCUUCAUUGUAUAUCUCUUUUACGACUAUUCAGCCGGCUCUGAAUCGACUAUUACAUCACCCACCUGGAUAUAUGGCGCCGCCUGCACUCUCGCUUGUCUAAACACCAAUUGACCAACGACACCGACCGGCUCGCAAACGGGCACAUACGGCCAGAACCUCACAAUAAUAGAAGCAAGAGACAGGGGAACGAGAGCUAACGGGGGGAACUGCACACAACGGGACAUCCGGUCUGAGCGAUAUUGUCCUUGAAGUGCGGUCAUACCAGCUAUAUCCCGACUCGGCAGCACGCAGACGAUUAUAGCACCACCAGCGCGAUGGACUACUACUCGAUGGGCUCAGAGAAGCCCUCUGAGCGCUCAAGAUGGACGCCACUGACACGCAUGCUUCUCUCGGGUGAGAUGACGCAAGAAAAGCAGAAGCAGCUGACAUCGAGGGAGAAAUUCGAUCGCUGGAUGAUCAACGAGGGUUACCGAAGAUUUUUUGUCUUCGUCUUCAUGAUCCUCCACGGACUCGUCUUUGCGCUUGCCUGCGUCAACUUUGCCCUCAAGGACAAUCUGCAGGUCGCACGAGACAUAUUCGGCCCAACUUUUGUCAUCGCCCGUGCCGCGGCUCUCGUCCUGCACGUCGAUGUUGCCCUCGUACUCUUUCCUGUCUGUCGCACAUUCAUCUCGCUCGCUCGCCAAACGCCUCUCAACGGCAUCAUCCAGUUCGAUAAGAACAUCACCUUCCACAAGACGAUUGCCUGGUCCAUUGUCUUUUUCUCAUGGGUUCAUACGAUUGCCCACUGGGUCAACUUUGGCAUGAUCGCCGCCAAGAACAACCUUGGUGUCUACGGCUGGCUGCUGGCCAACUUCGUAUCAGGUCCCGGUUGGACUGGUUACGUUAUGCUCAUCGCCCUCAUGGGCAUGGUUAUUACGUCAAUGGAGAAGCCCCGACGCGCCAACUACGAGAGAUUCUGGUACACCCAUCACAUGUUCAUCGUUUUCUUCUUUUUCUGGUCCAUUCACGGCGCAUUCUGCAUGAUCCAGCCUGAUUUUGCGCCCUUCUGCAUCAAUAUCGGCCCGAGCGCGAUCGGCGUCUUCUGGCAGUACUGGAUGUACGGCGGUUUCUGCUACCUCGCUGAGCGCAUCGCCCGUGACGUCUUGGGCUGCGAGUUCGACAAGAAGAAGGACGGUAGCAAGGUCGUCGGUGUCAAUGGCGAUGGAAGCGAUGUCGAUCCUGCUCUGCGCCGCGUGCUGCCUCGCGUUUACAUUGACGGACCCUUUGGAUCGGCUUCGGAGGAUGUCUUCAAGUACGAGAUCUCUGUUCUCUGCGGCGCGGGAAUUGGCGUCACGCCGUUUGCAUCCAUUCUCAAGUCCAUCUGGUAUCGCAUGAACUACCCUCAGAAGAAGACGCGCCUCAGCAAAGUUUACUUCUUCUGGAUCUGCAGAGAUUUCGGCUCCUUUGAGUGGUUCCGCUCGCUGUUGCUCGCCAUUGAAGCGCAGGACGUUGACAAUCGCAUCGAGAUCCAUACCUACCUGACCGCCAAGAUCAAGGCAGACGACGCAACAAACAUCAUGAUCAAUGAUGCCAACGCUGACAAAGACACCAUCACCGGUCUGAGGUCGCCGACGAACUUUGGACGGCCCAACUGGGACAUGAUCUUCCGUGGAAUCAGAAAGCUGCACUCACCUGCUGAGGCUGGGGUGUUUUUCUGUGGUCCUAAGGGCCUUGGCAGUACACUGCAUAUCUUUUGUAACAAGUACAGCGAACCAGGCUUUUCGUUCAAAUGGGGCAAAGAGAACUUCUAAAGGGGGCAAGGUGUGGAGCAAUUUUAUUUCUCUAUUCUUAUGGUUUUCUUCAGAUUGCAUGUCUGAUUGUUUGCUGAUCAGUACAUGAUCUGAGACUUGUUAGCCAUGGGAAUGAGCCUCUCGCUGUGGCUCUUGUUUGUUAGACGCGGGCGAACCCUACCUGGCCCGGACGGGCACGCGAGGGUUGAAAGAGGAUUCUCUCAAAGAGAACUCGAUACAUUGUCGGUUGAUGUUAAUAGGAUUUAUCACGGCCAUAUGGCGCAUCAUGAUUAGGAUAUACACAUAUACAUUACUUCU